AUGCCUGCGACGCGUGGCAAAAUUCGAGAGCGUAACCGGGCGUCAAGGCGAGUUCGGCCUCUGCAAAUCGCCAACGCAACGGCUCUGCCCACCCAACACGCCGUCGCUCUGCCCACCCAACACCCCCUCCCUCUGCCCACCCAACACGCCCUCCCUCUGCCCAUCCAACACGCCCUCGCUCACGACGACGAUGGGCUGGACGGGAUGGACGUCUGCAACGGGAACGAUAUUCACAUUGAGAAUGAUGAGGAUAUCAACCCUAGCAAGAGCGAUGACAACGAUGGGAUGGACGGGAUGGAGGUCUGCGACGGGAACGAUAUUCACAUCGAACAUGAUGUGGAUAUCAACCCCAGCAAGAGCGACCAGUGCUCUUUCCGAUGCGAUAGCGGCAUCGGAGGCGAAGGCCACGGACAAAAACACAUGGAUGAUCCCCUGUUCCAUCGAGGAUACACCCCUGAGAUGGAUGUAUCUCCCGAAAACGAUAUCCCCUCCUACAAGUAUGUGGGUAUCAACCCCAGCCAGACCUUCCAGCCCGAUGAAGACGCAUCUGAUAUGGCCACCAAUGAUUACGUUCCGCCUGGCGCCCCGAACAACGACCUCACCCCCUCGAGGCAUGCCAGCAGCGAAUCCGGUGCCUCUGUGUCGGAUUCGAGUGACGGACCUUGGCCCUACCUGCGCAAAACGGAGAUCAUCGAAGAACAAGACGCAGAUGGACGAACUGUCUCCCGCACAAGCGUGACAACGGAGGUGCUUACACCUGAACCGGUAGACAACACACGGUCUAUAAUCCAUCAACACCACUUGCAACAAGGGGAUGUCAGCCCUAUCUCAUACUCCAGUGUGCGGCCCGUCUCGCAAGUUGCGCCAGAAUUAGACGCGACAAUGUCCCAGAGUAUUAUUGUGGCCAUCGCAGAAGAUCGCGAACCAGCCAGCGGCUAUUUUGCCAACGCAGCCCGCAAAGCAUGGGAUGUCACGUCCUCGACAGCAGGCAUCAUCUCUCGCCGUCCAUCAGGACAGCCGAAGACACCAGAUGAUAUCGCCGCAGGUCUGCGCGAAUAUUACCGAGGAGCGGGGGCCAUCAUGACGCUGGAUACCACUGCACACUUGCUCAUCUUGGGUCUGGACCAGUAUACGGGCACCGAUCAGGAGAGUUAUUUAAGGGUUCCAAUCACCGGGGUAUCAACCCCAACGGCUGACCCCCCGACAGUGGCCGAGAAGAAUCUUACGCUCUCGAUGAAAAUGUUCGCGACAGCGCAAGCCAGCAGGCGGGUCGCUCUCCUUAACGUGUUCAUCAGUUGGACAGAGUUCAAGAGCAGCCUUGUAGAGCUAUACGAGCAAAUCAACAGUCGUCCCCCGAAGAAGAAUGAGGUGUCGGAUUGGCUCAAACUGUACCUCAGAGGGAGACCUGAGCUUUUAUACACGCUUGUGGAGCAUGCCGGCCUUACGGACAGGCUCCCACAGAGGCCCCCACCCCCACAACACCUUCCGCUACUGGGGCCUGUCACGCCCUCCAUCUCCUCUCAUGGGGAUAUCAACCCCGACUGGCCCUCCAUCUCCCUGGCUGCGGAAAGAAGAAUGGAUGAGGUCAUACAGGAUGUCGUCAAGAACAUGACGGACCUUGCACGGAAGGGCAGUCACUACGCCUUUUUGAUGGCGUCGUUGUCACAACCGAGUUGA